AAAUUUGUUUUAUUUAAGUCGAGAAAAGGUAAAAAAUUAAGAUUGUGUGUGAUCAUUCACUUCACUGAAGUUAAAUACCUACCUGAAGUUCAUCAAUUAAACAUUUUAAAACUUCCCUCAAAAAUAAAACAAAAACUAAGGAGUGAUUUUAUGAGUGCUUUAGAAAUGAGUUGUGGAAUGAAAGUAGUUACAACCGAUUAUGAAGAAAGUUUUAUUCAAGGUUCAGAUUCGAGUGACUCAUUCAAUAUAGAUUUGUCUCCUGAAUCUUAUUUUUAUGCACAAAACUUAAAUAUGAAACGAGAUGAUUUUAAAGAGAAGGAAGGAAACUUCUUAGAAUCAAAAGAUACAUUUAUGGCAUUCAAAUGCCAUUCUCGAUGCUUUAAAAGUGAAAAACACCAAUCGAAGCAUAACGUUGACAUAUCUUCAGCAUUGGGAAUUUUUAUGACAAAAAAAGACGUCGUUGAUGAUUCAUACAUUAAAAAGUCAUUA